AUGCUGACUAAAAGUCGAGAGUCGCGCCCGAGCCCGGCGGGCGGUCCGCUGGGUCCGACGCCGCGACUCCGCCGGCAGCCUUUCUCGCUCUCGCGCGACGAAUUCCGCGACGAGGCUGAGCAGGCGAUUCCGCUUCCGAGGCGACCGCUGCCAGGAUCCACGCCGCUCGGCGCACGCGGCGCGCUGCAGCCGCGAGACGCGUUCGACGCCAGACGAGGGAGACGAGGCCCUCGGGGGACAAGGUACGCGGCCGAAGAAGAAGGCGCUGGCGAGAAAAAAAACGAGGGAGGCGCAAACGCGCGGAGACUCCCCUUCGAAACGCAAGUACAGAACCUCUUCGCCUCAGGCCUCGCCCGACCCCGCGACAGGCUGCGGUUGAGUGGCUUGAACCGCUCGCGGCCGCUUCUCAUCGCGCGGCUUCCCGACGACCUCGCCGCGCUGUCGCCGCCCAUCACAAUUCAGCAAGAUAUUCCUAUCCUUCCUGUGGGCGAAGAAGGCAACACGCAGCUGCGGCUUGAGGGAGAGAAGAUGGCUCCGUGGCGCAUCAGCGACUCUUCAGACUUGAAGGAUGAGAAACAAGAAGACGGCUCGUCGCGGCGGCCGCGAGAAGAGGGCGACGACCUCAACACGCGAAAGAAGCAAAAAGUCUUCGUCUCGAAACCCAACGACGUCAACGCGGACUGCUUCUUCCUCCUCGUGCAAGGCAAGGAGUUUGUGGAGGUGUUGCCGAUCAGCGGCUGGCUCAACUUCGACAGGACUGUCGUCUCGAAGGGUGAGGAAGUGCCAACGGCUGAAGACGCAGAGUAUCAGAGUCGCGCAAAGGCCGCGCAAGAGGCCGCGCUGGCUGCCCGCUUGGCGCAGCUGCGGCGGGGUGGCGCCGAGAGCGACGAGGAGGGCGAGCGAGGCGCGAAGGACUCGGCGAAGAGCGCGAAAAGAGAUGGCUCUCCUGACGGAGACAACGACGAUCUGGGCCUGAGAAGGCAGAAGCAGAAGAGAAUGAAGCAGUUACUGCGGCAGAAGGCUGGACACAACCAAAAGCUGAACGAGUACAUCGACUCUGCGCUGAGCGUGACGGCGCUGCGGCAGGCGGAAGUCGACUGGGACUUCGAGGAGGGCGAGCGGAGCGACGACGAAGAGGACGUGGCGACCGAAGUGAAGCAGCAACAGGGCGCGGAAGGCGAGGACUUGCUCGCGGGUCACGAGGCCGCUGAAGACCUCGUGGUCACAGACGACGAGGACGCCGCGGGCGUCGCCGACGCGGCAGACCUGACCAACUACGGCCAGAAAAUGAAGACGCUUCUCGACAAAGCCAAGGAUGACGAGGCCGACGACGAGCUGCACCAAUUCGAGUCGGACGAGGGAGAAGAGAACGAAGAAGGCGAAGGCGCGACUGCGGCUGCGGCAGGCGCGCCGGCGGUCGGAGGCGCGGCCUCGGCGUCGUCCUCUUCCCCGCGGCCGCCGUCCUCUGUGUCUGCUUCCAGCGCCGCGCCCAGCGGAAAGCCGGUGGUGAAGCCUGGCGGGAGCGCCGUGCAAAGCGCGGCGCCGAAGGCCGCAGAAGACGAUGCGGACCUCAAGAGUCGCGUGAUUCGUAUCAUGCAGCAGCACAUGGGUCGCAUGACAGUCAAGCACUUCAUGAGCGCCUUCAAGGUGAAGGAGAAGAACGAAGAGUUCAAAAAAAUCCAGCAAGUGGUGCACAAGAUUUGCAAGAUGGAGACUACAGAGGACAAGCAGAAAUUCAUCAUUCUGAAGCCGGAGUAUCGCAUGUGA